UUCGAGUUCUUUGGAAUCGUGCAAGGACUUUUGUGUCACAUCUCCAGGGCAGAUGACUUCUGUUCGCUCAUGUUAUUGCAAACAAGAAGAGAAUGUAUCGCGCAAGAAAAAUGACGUUAUCACAGAUAGGGAUCAGCAUCUUCCAACUGCUGCAUCUAAAAGAUUGAUAGUCGAGAAUAAAGUUUGUAGAAGUAGUAGAGAAUCUCCUAUAAGAGAAAGAAGCGACGAGAAAAUGACGCAAAUUCGAUCGGUGGAAGUGCAAUCCAAUCCCGUCUUAAGUCCAGAAACGUCGACCGCGCUCGAGAACGCCGAGAAGAUUAUUAACAAUGCAAAAAUACAACUUAUGGAAGUCUGCGCGAUGUCAAAUCUCGAUUCUGGGAAUCAGAAUAAGAAUACAUGUUCGAACCUGCCGUUAGACGACGAAACGGAGGAGCUGAUGUAUAUUCGCGAGCUGGUGGCCUCCAAGUUUUACGAGGCAAACAUUUCGAGAUCAGAAGCAAACGAUAAAACGAGCGCGCGUUUGGAGAGUCCGCGAGUUACCGUUCCCAGGGUCGAUUUGUCGGCACCUAAAUUUCGGAUGUCACGAAGAAGACGACGUGCCUAUUGCCAGAACCUGGAAUAUGGAAACGACGAUCGGUCGCGCGAACGUGCUUCGCCUGCCAGAGUGCCGUCGAGAGACGAUUCGUCGUCGUCGAAGAACUCGAACGAUGAGGAGAACGAGGUGACGAUGCGCGACGAUCGCACUCGCAAUCUUCCGGGACGGACGUCAUCGGCAACUGGACGCGAACUCGUUCAUGCGCGAGAGAACACGUGCGAAAUCCAGAUAGGACCGUCAGUCCAUAUCGUCGACCGGGAACUAACGAGGCAAGAUCUGGACGAUGUGCACAUCUCGCCAGAAUCGACUUGGUGCUGCACGAAUACGGCCACUUACAUCCUGCAUCAUUUGGACGCCGUUGAAAGUCCCAUCACGUCCACGGAUAACGAGUUUCGAAAAAUAUCAGAAGCACCGAGGAAGACGCUACGCGUGAGAUUAGAUACGUCGCAUCACGAGGGGCCGAUUAUCGCGGAAGCUAUAAGUGAAGCGACAAAUGCUUGUGUAACGACAAUUGUUUCGGAAAAGAGCGUUGGAGACAUGAAGGAUUCUGAACAAGAUAACGAGCGAAUCGAAUCUUUUAAAUCUCAAGUUCAAAUCCAAAAUUGCAUCGAUGGAGAAGAGAAGAAAGAAAUCGAUAUCGAGGAUGCGAAAAUAUCUGAAUGUUUGGAAAACGCGACGAAUCAAGAGGUAAUUCAUCCCAUCGUGAUUGACAAUUCAGGAAUUGAUAAUGAGAGAUUGCAAGACAAGCCGAGAAAUAAAAAUAAUGUCAAAAUUAUCUUCCGCAAUAAUGUGGAUUACGCGGAAGAAGGAAGAAUAUUGAAUAAGAACAGCGAUGUUGAUGGACAAGCUCACAUACAAAAGGAAGAAAGCACUGAUGUACAGGAAGAGAAUCGAUCAAAGCCACUGCCUGAUAAUGAUGCUUCAAGGAAAACAGGUUUUCCUCACCGCGGAAAUAUCGCUUUGCAAACUUAUCGAGCGAUGGAAAGUUCGCGAUUGUAUCGGACACAGAUUGAUGGAUGCUUUUCAAACAUAUUCGACAGCCAUAAUGGACAAGAUAAGGUGUAUGAUAUCGCUGACAAGGAUGUACAUCACCGGUCUUUUCUUUCGAACUGUAUGGAUGAUUUUCGGAUAAUAGAUAAUUUGAGCGAGAUUGAUUUGUAUCGACCUUGUCUCAAUGACUUGGAUACAAUUUUGCUCUCUAAUGAUAGGAAGAUUGAGCGUGUUGUUCACGCGGCUGAGAAUUUCACGCAAUUAUUAUCGAGACUCGAAUUCGCGAAAUAUAAGGACGAAGACGAACAAACACCGCGAUACGUGAGCCACGAGGAAUUUCACCAUGAAUCCUCAACUGAUAAGGAUCGCAGACUCAUAUUGAACGAGCCGUCUCGAUCAUUGAUUUUCGAGACUGAAUUAAAAAAUACAGACUUGACCGUCUCGUGUGUACCAUCAGAGAUGAUGCGUGAAACUAACAAGAACUCGCAGGGUACAGCCACGGACACGAUAGGGAUAAAAUCGUCGAGUUUGACGAAGGAAAGCGACUCUCGUAGCAAGCACUCGAAAAACUCCGUAGAAUCUAGCAUGUUUCCUGCAUCAGAUAUGAGCUACGAGUCCGAGAUAUCUCGUGAUAAAAUUCAACGGCCGAGAGAUAAAGCGCAUCUAUCGGAAUCGUCGAUAUAUAAAUCAGACAUCACGACGUUCUCCAACAUAGCUUCAGCGUUAUGCAGUACGCGAACAGAGAUACAGACAUACGGGGAAAAGCACAUUACUCAGAAUAAUCAUCAAGCUGACGCGGAGCGACAUGUCACGUCUGCAAAUAGAUUGUCGAAGCGCGAGAUUGGUUUCUCUCAAAGGGAAUAUUCCGACAACGUUUUCGCGCAGGCUCCCCGAAAGGAUACGACCGAGGCCGCGGAUCGGCUCAUCGCAUACAUUCUGCAGGACGAAAAACAGAGUAUCGAGAAAAAAGUCGCAGAUGCCUUGAAAGAGUCGACAAUUGCACCUGUUGCGGUACAAAAGUUCCUGGAUAAUUUGCGCAAUGUUGAAUCGACUCGCAACACGCGUCAGACGGAAACUCUGGACAUUCUCAAGAAUAUUUUGAUCAAUGUUCAAAAUCAGACUGAUCGAGAAACGAAGGAAAGCGUUCCCUUAGCGGCUCGUUCCGAAUCUAUUCAACAUUCUAAGGAUAAUAGCGAGAGAGACACAUGUCAGACGGGAAACGUUGACUUUGCGAAAGUUACUGAUAAAAGUCAAACUUACAAAAAAGUCAAAGAUGCGGAGACCUUUCCUGGGAACAUCGCCGAUACCUCGACUCGGAUGAAUGCUAUUGAAGAAUCGAUUCUGCAAACGCAAGGAAAAGAUAAUGCGAACGAUAUCGGGCAAAUUGGCAAAAAAUCUCACGAUUUUAAGAAAUCGUCUGACAAAGUUUCUCCCGAUUCUUCCGCAUGUCGAGAAACGAGAAAAGACGUGGUUCAUUCCAUGGCCUUUCUCGAGUCUCCUCAAAGUUCUAAAAAUAAUAGCAAGGGAAACUCGUAUUCGGAGGCCGAGUCGUUGAAGCAAAUCUCUGAUAUUCGUAGCGACGACGACAUUCUUCCUCGCAAGAGUUCUGAAAAUCCGUCUACGAGAACUGUAUCCGUAAAAUCCAAUGAGGAUUGUAUGAUAGAAAUUAAUGAUCCGGUCGGUAUGAUCGUAGUAUCCGCAGAAAAUAAAGAGGAUGAUAUGAGUAACGAGAGACGUGGAGAUGAGUCGAGCAAUGUGCAGAAUAAGAUUGUCCCGCAAAAGGUUGUAAAAGAAAUUAUAAUAGAAGAAACUCAUGAUAAUAUCACAGUGAAUCAAAACAUAUCACCUGCAAAAAUCUUGAAAAUAAAGGACGAGCGAAUUCACUUGGACGCAAACUCUGCUGAAUCUGUUGAUGAAAUCCUGGAGAAUGAAAAUGUUAGUCUUGUACAAUCGUCGACGAAGAAAGAAUCUCUCAAAUCUUUAUGCACAAGCGAGAAAAACAUUGCUUCGCAACAUUCUGUAGUUGAAGAACAGGUCGGUCUUGUUGCGAGUUCUUGCUCGGCUGAUUCUCUGCGAGAUCACACUUUGUUGACGUGCGCGAAAAAUAGCGAAUUAUCCAUAAAAGAAGUCGGGUCGCAUAUUGAGCAAAAUAUUAUUACUAGGGAGAAUGAUUUAAUAAAGGAUACGAAAGAUGACGAAAUUCAUGACAAAUCGAUGACAAUUAUAGCGGUCGAUAAUCAUAGAGAUGCAAUUGAAGACUUAGAAUUUCUGAAAAAUACAAAAAGCAAUAAUGAAGAGCAAUUGAAUGAUUUGCAAAAGUAUAAAAUAGAUAUCUUAUCUAGUUCUAAUUCUAGCAGCAAUAGUACAUUAUUAGAUUACGAUAACAGAUCUACCAAUGAUACGUCGAAUGCAAAAUCAAAGAGAGUCGAAACUUCAUCAGAGACGUCUCAUUCCGAGGGAGAAUUAUAUAUGCCUAGUUCUUGUUCCUAUUCUCUCGGGGAAGUGAGAGUUUUGAAAAAACGUGAAUUAAUCUCGGAUAAUUCGAUAGAUCACGACAGUGCGACGAUUCUCGUUACCAGAAGUAUGCUAACGUCUUUAAGCGAUUCCCCAGUGUCUUUGCUUACAAAUUCUGGAUGUAUUUAAAUACAGAAAUUCAUCGAUGCAUCGAUGCAAUAUUUUAAUUUAUAUCAUAAAGAACAAACUAGGGUAAUGAAUAUUUUUUAAUUAUCUCGUCACGUGCCUUUUAUAAUGAUACAAAAGGAAUUGGAGCAUAGCAGGUUUUUUCGUUUGAAAUUGUAGCAAUUAAUAAUUAAUUGUA